UAUGCUUCAGUUUGAUUGGCUUCAUUGGUUAGUGAAGAGCCAUGGUUCCUAUGCUCUGGCAGCAAGCCCUUUUGAGAUUGCUGGGGCAGAAGGUACAAAUCCAUCAUUUGCUUGGAGCAUAACAGGGACGGACAGAUGCAUGCGAUGCGCCCAUUUGCAUUGCACUGAUCCAGCAAAGCAUACCUACGUGAGCAGCAGGCUUGCUUGGAUCCAUCCAUCCCCACCUCAAGCAAACCAUCCGGAGAUCGAGAGGGGAGGGAAUGGCGGGCCUCGCCCCGCUUCUCCUCCUCGCCGGCGCUCUGCUGCUACCUUGCGCCCUGAUGCUCACCACCGCAGAAUUCCACGCCCACUCGGACCUCUUCUCCGCCGAGCACCAUCCGCCGGCCGAUGGGCCCGGGGUGGCGCACGAGUUUUUGGAGGCGCACAACCGGGUCCGCGCCAAGUACGGCGUCCCGACGCUGCGGUGGAGCAGCAAGCUGGCCCGGUACGCGCGCCGGUGGUCGUCGCUUCGGCGGUUCGACUGCGUGCCCAUGCACUCGCCCAACUCGCCCUACGGCGAGAACGUCUUCUGGGGCACCGGCAGGGAGUGGCGCGCCGCCGACGCCGUCACCAGCUGGGCCACCGAGGCAUCCUACUUCGACUGGCGCUCCCAGGCGUGCCACCCGGGGCAGGUCUGCGGACACUUCACGCAGCUGGUCUGGAACGACACGGAGUUGGUCGGCUGCGGCCGCGCCGAGUGCUUCGGCGGCGGCGUAUUCAUCACCUGCUCCUACGACCCGCCGGGGAACUGGAAGGGCGAGGUGCCGCUCACCUGAUCGAUAAACUACGUACGUAAUUGUUAGCGACGACCUUGAUCGACGACGACGUACCGACCCAGCCGGUGCAUCGAUCCACAGC